AUGUUUUUCUUGUCUCUAUAUACAUAUUCGAGCACGCGGACAGAAUGUGUUCUUAAGACUGAUGAGAUCAUUAUGCUCAGUCAUCUUCGCCGAGGACUUCAUCCUGAGUUCGAUAGAAAUUCGAUGCCUACACGUACAAUGAAGCAGCACAAAGACCAGUGGAAAUCAUCAGAUCACGUGAAUUCACCUUUUCUGACAAACAAUCUAUUGACUGAGACUCAAUCGUCACGUUCACACUCGAAUGGACACAAUCCGGAUUUGUCACGAGCACUUCGUGUUGAUGCUUCUUUGUUAGCAAUUGUUCGAAUUGACGACAAACGAAAUGCUUUCUAUUCGGCAGAAGUGACUAGUAAAUUACGUCAAAAGGAACAAACUCAAAGUUUUAUCAACAAGCCAUGCUCGUUGUACGUUACCGAUCGGUCAUUGGUUAUUUUCGAUCGCGGAACACAAAUCAUCGCUGAAACAAUUCCACUUGAAAAUGUCGAUCCAACAUGUGUACAUGCUGAUGUACCUGAUACCUUGAAUGAUAUCUUUAUGUAUCGUCUAGUUGAUCGACAUUUAACAUCAACAACAAGUCACGCUAGUAGUUCAACUAGUACCGAUGGCUCUCCUGUUGUUGUAUUUAAAUGUUCAAAUAAUGAAGCACGAGUACUUGUUGAUAGUAUUCGAACCGCUACUGGUAAACCAUUGAAACAUUCCAAAAGUGCUACAAUGGAAACACGUGGUACAUUUGAUCAGCAUGUUACCGAUAGAUAUUACGGUAAUCAUGGACCUGGUUUAAUGCAACAUCUGAUCACAGAAUCAACACAUUUGAAUAAUCCAACGUACAUGCAUGGCAGUCAACAGAUUCGAACAGUCACUCAACAAACGACUUUAGCUGCCACGGAUUAUUAUAAACAUUUAACGGAAGAAUUGAACAAAUGUUUUGAUGAUAUUGAAUUAUUUGUACGUUAUCUUGAAGCAGUUAUGGAAUAUACCAAAGAAUUGGAACGUGACUAUCGACGAAAAGAAAAGAAACCCACGACUGGUCUCAAACAAAUGGUAGAAAAACUGCCAGAUGAUCGUUAUUUUAUCGAUAUUUUACAAAAAUUCAAGCAUUCGUUUAAUCUAUUAGGCGAACUCAAACACAUUAUUCAUAAUCCGAAUGCACCCGAAUUAGUCCAUUAUCUAUUAUCACCAUUACAAUUCAUUCUGUAUACAUUACGUUCAAAACACGCCAAUCAUUCACAGAUAACACAAGACAUUUGGAUACCAGCAUUGACAAGAGAAGCAAAAGAACUAUUGUUGAAUUGCUUAACAUCAAAAGAACAUGAAAUUUUACGUAAUCUUGGUCCAGCAUGGGUUCGAGCAGCAGAUGAAACAACGCCGAAGUUUUCUGACUAUCGACCAAUAUUCUAUGAAGGUCGAGCUGCCUGGAUACAGGAUGUACCUAUUGGACAAUCUCAGCCACAGCUAAUCUCAUCUACACGCACAACUGAGCGUACGACAACUACUCAUCCAUUCACACAAUUCGAUGAAAAACAACAAUCCGUUUGGACGACGGCCAGUCGCCAAACAACCACGAACAAUAACGGUUUAAUAACUAAUUACAACACAACAUUUGUUCGUCAACCAUCACCAACGCCUGUGACACAUUUUGAUGCUUCAACUAUCAACCAUUCACCUAAAAAGGGCGUGUUAGAUAAUUAUAACAGUAAUAUGCAAAAUGAACAUGCAUGGGCUAUUGACCGGAAACGUGCUGGAGCCAAAAUAUGUGCAGUUAAAAUUGAUCGUAACGGUCAGAACUCGAAAGAAUUGACUGUUCAUCGUGGUGAAUUGAUUGAAAUUGAAGACAGUUCGAAGAAAUGGUGGCGAGCGAAGAAUUUUCUUGGUAAAGUUGGUCAUGUACCAAAUAAUAUUGUCGAAGAAGUUGAAAUUGAACUACGACCAAUAGUAUAA